UUGUGAAUCGGUCCGGCAACUAUAGUUGCUCGGUUGAAGUUACCUGCAGCCGUGGGAUUGGCUUCCUCCGAGUGGCGCGUGCAUGUAGACGGUAUUCUAUUUGGCCUUUAGAUCUAUUUAUCUUUAUAUUAUGGCCGAAUUAGACUAUUGGAAAUAGAAAGUCCAUAGACAUUUCAGUUCAGUAUAUUUGGCUAUGCGGUGUAGCUUUUUUAUUCGCUCUGUUGUGGUAGCAGGCUAAGGUAACGUCAGCUGUAUAGCGAGCAAUUUCGCCUGAGGAUCCCAAAGAAACCGUCUGGUUGCAGUUCUCUACAGCGGCUACCGGUUGUCGGCAGGCUAUUUGCUGCAACUGAUGCGAAGCGGCUAGUGAGGCUGGAGAGAGAGUCAAGCAAGAGAGCUGUGCUGGGUGUCUGCCCCCUUUGUAGUGGGAUCAGGAUCAGGACUAUGGUUCAUGUUCAUCAUAGAGACAUGUAGCACCUCACUGCCUCAGUAUCUGGACACCUGGACACCUCCAGACACCUGAACACCUCCGAACACUUGAACACCUCCGAACACCUGCCUAGCCUGCUGUCUACUCAUGAUUUCUGUGUGGUAACUGUGGUGAUCUGCUGAUGCUGCUGUAGCCAUGUUUAGGAACAGCUUGAAGAUGUUGCUGACGGGCGGCAAGGCCAACCGCAAGAAACGCAACAGUGAUGGAGGGAGUGAGGACCUGCCAGAACCCCGAUCGCCCAGUGUAGAGCACCACCACCACCUGAGCCACACCGGUCAAGGUGGUAGUAUAGACAGUGACUGUGCCUUUGAGGGCGACUAUGCCCUUCCGCCUCUCUCUAUGACCGAGGGCAUGCAGCACAUCCGCAUCAUGGAGGGCGUUUCACGCUCCCUGCCCUCCUCCCCACUGCUCACACACCAGACCAUCAGUGUCCGGCUGCAGCCCACCAAGAAGCUCACAGCCCCCCUGCGGAAAGCAAAAUUUGUGGAGAGCCCUCGCAUUCCACAAUCAGAGCUUGGCUCCCCUACACACACCUCCUGCACUGCCAAGAACCACGGCCUGGAUACAUACUGUCCCGGGGAGUCAAGCGGGGAGCUGGGGCCCCCUCCGUCGGUGGAUGAGGCAGCCAACACAUUGAUGACGCGCCUGGGCUUCCUGUUGGGAGACGAAACUAGUGAGGGGCCAGACGGAGAACAUUACAGCAUGGACGAACCAGACGACAGACAGGACCUGGCUGGUAACCAGAGGAUCAGUCCGUGCUCCACCCUGACCAGCAGCACAGCCUCCCCCCCGGCCGGCUCCCCCUGCUCCACCCUGCCGUCCGGCGCCGAUGGUGCCAUGCCCGGGGGUAACCAGGGCCACAAGGACCACGCCUACGGAUCUGUCACCAGCCCCACCUCCACCCUGGAGAGCCGGGACAGCGGCAUCAUUGCCACCCUGACCAGCUACUCGGAGAACGCUGAGCGGGGGGGUAAAUACGGGGAGGGGGGUUUCUCGCGUGGCAGUAACCUGAAGCUGUGGCAGAGCCAGAAGUCUGGCACUGACUCGUUCCUGUACCGUGUGGAUGAGAACAUGGCCGCCUCAACCUACAGCCUCAACAAGAUCCCUGAGAGACACCUAGACAGCAUGUCUUCCCACUCCGCUCACUCCAUCCCUUUGUACCUCAUGCCUCGCCCUAACUCCGUCGCAGCCACCAGCUCGGCUCACCUGGAGGACCUGACCUACCUGGAUGAUCAGAGACACACUCCGCUGCGCACGUCGAUGCGCAUGAAUCGACAGAACACACACACCGGACCAGGCCACGCCCAGACCGACCUCAGAGCUUCUGCUAACAACCAUGCCUGGCAAUCCCAAUCACUGCGGUUUGCUCCAUACCGGCCACCUGACAUCUCCCUGAAGCCCCUCCUCUUCGAGGUGCCCAGCAUCACCAUGGACUCCGUCUUCACCGGCCGUGAUUGGCUGUUCCAGGAGGUCGAUGCCCAUCUCAACAGAGGCAACAACAUCCCCAACCUCGGCGUAGUUGUCGUGGGCAACAUUGGCUACGGCAAGACAGCCAUCAUCUCUCGUCUGGUUGCACUGAGCUGCCACGGAACACGCAUGAGACAGAUCGCCUCUGACUCUCCGCAGGCCUCUCCCAAACAUGGAGAGCUCCCCCUUACUCAGCCCCAGCCGGCCUAUAGCACAGGUACUCUGGGAGGGGGCAGCUGUCCCGGGACCCCUGAAAUGAGACGACGCCAGGAGGAGGCCAUGAGGAGACUGGCAUCUCAGGUGGUGGCGUACCACUACUGCCAGGCGGACAACGCCUACACGUGCCUGGUGCCAGAGUUUGUCCACAACGUGGCAGCGUUGCUGUGUCGCUCGCCACAGCUCAUCGCCUACAGAGAGCUGUUGCUCAGGGAGCCACAGCUACAGAGCAUGCUCAGUCUGCGCUCCUGCGUUCAGGAUCCCAUGGCCUCCUUCAGAAGAGGAGUUCUAGAACCCCUAGAUGCCCUCUACAAAGAGAGGAAGAUCGCCUCUGAAGAAGACCUGGUCAUCCUGAUAGAUGGGCUAAAUGAGGCAGAGUUCCACAAGCCUGACUACGGAGACACAAUUGUCUCAUUCCUCAGCAAAACCAUCAGCAAGUUUCCCCCCUGGCUCAAAUUGGUGGUCACUGUUAGGACCACAUUACAGGAGAUCACCAAGCUGCUCCCAUUCCACCAUAUCUCUCUGGAUGGUCUGGAGGAAAAUGAUGCUAUAGACCAGGAUUUACAGGGUUAUAUCCUGCACCGCAUCCACAGCAGUCCUGAGAUACAGAACAACAUCUCUCUCAACGGCAAGAUGGACAACACCACCUUCGGCAAGCUCUCUGCCCACCUCAAGGCCCUCAGCCAGGGCUCCUAUCUGUACCUAAAACUCACCUUUGACCUUAUAGAGAAGGGGUACCUGGUCCUCAAGAGCUCCAGCUACAAGGUGGUGCCCGUCAACCUGGCAGAGGUGUACCUGCUGCAGUGCAACAUGCGUUUCCCUACCCAGUCGUCCUUCGAACGGGCCCUCCCCCUACUCAACGUGGCCGUGGCAUCCCUCCACCCCCUCACUGACGAACAGAUCUACCAGGCUAUCAAUGCCGGCUCCCUGCAGGGUACACUGGACUGGGAGGACUUCACACAGCGCGUAGACAACCUAGCCAUGUUCCUGGUCAAGAGGAGGGACGGGACCAGGAUGUUUGUUCACCCAUCCUUCAGGGAGUGGCUGAUCUGGAGGGAAGAGGGGGAGAAAACCAAGUUCUUGUGUGACCCCAGGAGUGGCCACACCCUGCUAGCCUUCUGGUUCUCUCGCCAGGAGACCAAGCUGAACCGACAGCAGACCAUUGAACUGGGACACCACAUCCUCAAAGCACACAUCUUCAAGGGCCUAAGCAAGAAGGUUGGGGUUUCCUCGUCCAUCCUCCAGGGGCUGUGGGUUUCCUACAGCACAGAGGGCCUGUCCACUGCUCUGUCCUCACUUAGAAACCUGUACACUCCUAACAUCAAGGUGAGCCGGUUGCUGAUGCUCGGUGGUGCCAACGUGAACUACCGUACAGAGGUUUUGAACAACGCCCCGGUGCUGUGUGUGCAUGCCCACCUGGGUUACAUUGACAUGGUGGGGCUGCUGUUGGAAUAUGGAGCCUCUGUAGACCAGCCCUCAGAGAGCGGUCUCACCCCACUGGGCUACGCUGCCUCUGGGGGACACAUGGCUAUAGUCAACACACUGUGUCGCAGGAGAGCCAAGGUGGACCACCUGGAUAAGAAUGGUCAGUGUGCCGUGGUGCAUGCAGCUCUCAGGGGCCACAUGGAGAUGGUCAAGUUCCUUAUCCAGUGGGACUGGGCCAUGGGACAACCACAACAGCAGCAGCAAGGAGCCUUCAGCAAGAGCCAUGCCAUCCAGCAAGCCCUCAUCGCUGCAGCUAGCAUGGGAUACACAGAGAUUGCGUCCUACCUGCUGGACCUGCCAGAGAAGGAUGAGGAGGAGGUGGAACGUGCUCAGAUUAACAACUUUGACACCCUGUGGGGAGAGACAGCUCUGACGGCAGCGGCGGGCCGGGGGAAGCUAGACGUCUGCAGACUACUGCUGGAGCAGGGAGCAGCGGUGGCUCAGCCCAACAGACGAGGCAUCGUGCCCCUGUUCAGUGCUGUCCGACAGGGAAACUGGCAGAUCGUGGACCUACUCCUUACUCACGGAGCAGACGUUAACUUGGCUGACAAGCAAAGCCGAACCCCUCUGAUGAUGGCUGCCUCAGAGGGUCACCUGGGCACUGUGGAGUUCCUACUGGCACAGGGUGCAUCCCUACCUCUAAUAGACAAGGAAGGGUUAACGGCUCUGAGCUGGGCAUGUCUGAAGGGACACCUGCCAGUGGUGCGCUGUCUGGUGGAGAGGGGGGCUGCUACGGACCACGCUGAUAAGAACGGACGCACGCCCCUCGACCUGGCUUCCUUCUACGGGGACUCGGAGGUGGUCCAGUUUCUAGUGGACCAGGGGGCGAUGAUAGAGCAUGUGGACUACAGUGGGAUGCGUCCUCUGGACCGGGCCGUGGGCUGCAGGAACACCUCCGUGGUGGUUGCCCUGCUCAAGAAGGGAGCCAAGAUAGGAUGUCAGACGCUGCCCAGUCGGCCCAGAGGUCCAGCCACGUGGGCCAUGGCUACCUCCAAACCCGACAUCAUGAUCAUCCUACUGAGCAAGCUGAUUGAGGAGGGAGACGGCUUCUAUAAAAAAGGGAAGGUAAAGGAGGCAGCACAGCGCUAUCAGUACGCCCUCAAGAAGUUCCCCCGUGAAGGCUUCAGUGAGGACCUCAAGACUUUCAGGGAGCUCAAAGUGUCCAUCUUCCUCAAUCUGUCCCGAUGUCGGAGAAAAAUGAACGACUUUGGGAUGGCUGAGGAGUUUGCUACAAAGGCGCUUGAAUUGAAACCAAAAUCCUACGAAGCAUACUAUGCCAGAGCACGUGCCAAGCGUAGUAGCAGACAGUUCCCUGAGGCCUUGGAGGACCUGAAUGAAGCCAUGAAGCAGAGCCCCAACCACUGUGAGAUCCAGCGCCUCCUGCAGCGAGUAGAGGAGGAGUGUCGACAGCUCACCCAGGAGGAGGAGGAUGCACAGAAGCUGGAGCCUCCCCCAUCUCCUCCCCCAUCGCCUCCCCCAGAGGAGGGAGAGGAGGAGGAGAUGUCCCUGUCCUCCCUCCCCCUCCCCCUGGAGCUCCCCCUUCCCCCGGAGCCUCGGCUGGAGGACAUGGAGCCGGUCCAGGAUCUGUUUGAAGACGAGGACUAUCUGGAGCAGGAGCUGGAGGCCAUGUCUAUGGGGAGUAUGGGUUCUAUGGGUCUGGCCCUUGAGAGGGAGCCCCGCUCCAACCCCUCCAGUCUGCCUGUCAUCCAGAGCCCACCUCUCUCUCCGACCAACCACCACCACCCCUACCAUCACCAGGACCAGACCUACCUGUCAGGGGGCUCCCCCAUGGGCCAGGCUUACGACUAUGGCCACCCCAGCCCCACCUCCAUGUCCUCCCCCGGCAGCCAGAACUACCAGCCACCGUCGCCCCCCUCCCUCUCCCCCACGCACCACAACUCCCACUAUCGACACAGCCCUCCACAGACCUCCCCGGUCCACCAGACCACCUACCACUUCAGCCCCCCGCCCAUGGGAGGCAAUGGAGGAGUGGGUCAGGGGAUGGACCACGGAUACCAGAGUCCCCCGCUCUCCCCCCUCCGUCGGGGUGGGGUACAGAGCCAGUACAGAGCCAGCCCCCCGGUGGAGAGUGUGUGUCUGUACAGGUCCCAGUCAGGCUCUCCGGUGCGCUACCAGCAGGAGCAGCCUCCCCUGUCCAAGAUGAGCAGCCAGAGGUCCUUCCAGCUGAGCUCACAGCCCUCCCUGCACCACCAGGCCUCCCUGCACCACCAGGCCUCCCAGCACCAUGACACCCUCCAGACACACCAGCACCACCAGGCCCAACUGCACCACCAGGUCUCCCAACAGCACCACCAGGCCCAGCUACACCACCAGGUCUCCCUGCACCACCAGGACUCCCUGCACCACCAGGGCCUGCGUCUCCAGCCCUCCAUGGCCCAGAUUGUUCGCACCAACCAGCCCAGCAACGCAUAUGGCCAGAUGGGCCACCCCAUGCGCUACCAGGGGGGCUCCAUGGACGUGCCGAUGGAGAGCCAGAGCCGGUUGAUGUACCAGCCCUCCCUGGAUGGUCGCUCCAUGCCCCAGUCCAGCCUCUCAGCUGGGGCCCUCUGUCAGCAUGGGGGCCGAGGAGGGGUCAUAGAGGGCCUGAUGAAGGACGAGCUAACCCAGCGCCCCUCCUCUGCCUACCGUGCCAGCAGUGGGGGGGGACAAGGGGGCCAGCUCCAGGGGGGUGUCCGCUAUAGCCAGACUCCCCAGAUUAGCCGCAGCCAGUCGGCCGCCUACUACCCUGUCGCCAAGCACGAGCUGGAGCGUCAGAACAGUGCCAUGCCUCAGUGCCAGCUGGGAUCGCCAGAGAUCAGCCACAUGGUGAGGCGGCCCAUCAGUGCCACUACCCCGGAGAUCAAACCGCACAUGUCCACUCCGCGACCCCUCAUCCACUCCCAGAGCGUGGGCCUCCGCUUCUCCCCGUCCAGCAACAACAUCUCCACGGGGGGCUCCAGCUGUAAUCUAGCCCCAGGCUUCAGGCCUUCCUCUUCCAUCCAGGGGAUGGAAAUCCCGCUGCAGGUGGCCUACGAGGGCUACGAGGGGUACGAGCACUCCUGUAAUGAUGACAUCUCCCCAAUCUCGCCGGCCCAGGGAGGUGGUGGGGGGCUGUACCAGGGCGAGGGCACCCGCUCACGGACCACGCCCUUCAUGGGCAUCAUAGACAAGACGGCGCGGACUCACCAGACUCAGUACCUGCAGCAGCCCUCGUCCCAGCGGCCCUGGGCCAUGACCUCCAUGGACUCUGGCAUCAGCCCCACGUCGCCUGGCCAGCUGAUCCAGCAGGGCUCGUCCUACAGCCCCCCGACCUCGCUGGGGAACAUCGCCUACUACAACAAGACUAACAACGCCCAGAACGGACAACUCCUGGAGGAGGACUACUACGCCCAGCAGCAGCAGUCCUCCCUGGGCAAGCUGGCCAAUGGUGGCUCCCGGGGUGGAGGAGGGGACAUCCUGGAGAGGGUGAGCCAGGUGCCCACCUAUCCAGACGUGAAAGUGGCCAGGACUCUGCCCGUAGCUCAGGCCUACCAGGACAACAUGUACCGACAGCUCUCCCGUGAUAUCUCCCGUGACUCUAGGCAGGGCCCCACCUCCCCCAUCAAACCAAAGAGACCUUUUGUGGAGUCGAAUGUGUGAAUGUCCACGGCCGAACUGGGCGUGUGAGUGGGAGGGGAGGAAAGGGGGGAGUUGAGUUGGGCUGGAGACCUUGUCUGACAUUGAUGAGCACAUAAUAAAAAGACAGAUUACAGCCCCACUCACACAGAAAGCAGUGUCUACAAUAGGCACACACUGGCGGGAGAGGUCUAGUCAUACAGUACAUAGAUACUAAAUACUAAUACGUGAGAGAUUGUACUAUUUUGUUGUUAAACUUCAACUCUGCACACAUUGAAAUAGAAAGAUAUGACAUUGAAAGGUGAUGACAGGGCCAGUGCUGAUCACACCCAGGGUCAGAGGCCCUAACACUUUUAUAGGGGGGGGCACAACUUCCUCCCCAAGACCUUUGGGGAGGUCUUGUGUGGGGUGGUGAGAGUAAAAUUGGGGGCCCUUACCUUACUGUACCUGUGGACUCUAACCAUCUACCAUGUUUUAUCCUUAAAAUACAACGUGUGCUCUUAUUCAAGGUUGCUAGACUCCGUAAUACAAUGCUAAUAUGUUCAAUACUGUAAAUGGAAAUUACAACUUGACAGUGCUUAGAGAAAAAAUAUAUAAUAUUUAUUAUUAAGCUAUAUAAUGUAUAUACGUAUAAAAACAUAACAUAGCUUGCAUUUGGAUUGUAUUAUUUCUGUUUUGCCCUGUUGUUAGCCUUUCGUCCUACUAGUCAUGCUACGGCAGGUUUUGAAGAUUUAUGCUGCACUCAUGACAUGUCGGCCAGGAAAACUCUGAUAUUUCAGACUUGGAAACUCAUUGUAGAAAAAUUAUACGAUGAGUUUCCAACUUGGAAAGUAUCAGAAUCAUCCAUGAUGUAGCUCUACACAUAUAACUUAUGAUCAUUUCAACUCCGACAAGCACAUUAACGCCCACAACUACGGCAGGGGAGGGACAUUUACAAACUUUAAAUUAUUCAAUGUCAAAUGUUAUUUUCGUAUUUUCGAAAUAUUGGGCUUGUUAUAUUAUAUUUGUGGUAUUUUCACUCAACCCUACCACAUAACGUUGCCUUUCAUUUGAAGUUCAAUUGUUACUGCUAUGGACUUCUACAAACAUCCUCUAGAGAAUAGUUCAACCAAUAAAUUACUCCUAAUAAUCACGCUGCGUUGUACUCGUUGAAUGUUAUUCGUCUUUCUUCCAACUAGGAUAACUUUGCAGUGUUUUAAAGGGGUAUAAGAGGUUUAGUUUUGUGAAAUAUAUUUAUUUUUUCAUUGUGCAUAGGUCAUUGUCAUUGGUUUGAGGACAGAGAAAGUCAUACAGAUACCAAAGUUUGGAGAUGUCCCCCUUCUGAAAUUCAUGGUAAUAGGAGUAUAUAUAUAAAACACAUAAAUCAUAUACAGAAUAUAAUAAUGUGAGGGAUAUUUGAAGUUUUCUUUGCAAUUAAAAACUAUUGAACGCAGACACACACACCGUCUUGGUACUGGUACCCCGUGUAUAUAGCCAUGUUAUUGUUACUCAUUGGGUAUUUAUUCCUUGUGUUAUAAUUGUUCUAUUAUUUAUCUUUCUGCAUUGUUGGGAAAGGCCCAUAAGUAAGCAUUUCACGGUUAGUCUACACCUGUUGUUUACGAAGCAUGUGACAAAUAAAAUUUGAUUUGAAACCACUGUUAAAGACAUUUUUCUUUUGUAUCUGCAUCAUAUUUGCUUUUCAUUUUUUACUGAGUUUUCAUUCAUAAAUGUCUGCACUAAAUGCCUGUAAAGUUCUUAACUAAGGGUGCACUUUAUGUAUUUUAAUUGCUUUAUUUUAGUUGUGAUUGUUAUUGAAUUUGGAUGAAUGGAGGUCAGGUCAGGUGGAACUUCUUCUGACCAGUGAUAAUGGAUUAUUACUGAUGACUCAUCGUCAUAGGAACUCUGAUCUGCAAAGUAAUGAAUGACAACAUGAAUAAUAAAUAUGUGUAUAUCCCCUUCAACCCAACCCCAGAUCCCUUCAUAGACAGACAGGGCUUGUACACAAAUGGCUUGUUUAAGAAAAAUCCGUACCACAAGUGGAAAUGUUUCUAUUUUGCAGUUUCCUUAUAGCUACUGUUCAAUUCAAUUAUAGUGUGUGUGUAACCUAUUGACUGACAAAGUCAAUCACAUGGCCCCAAAUCCAGUGACAAGGGGAAGUCCUGGAGAGAAGAAUGUAAAGCUUGUAUUCAUGACUAACGUAUUUUUAUACUUGCCAUGUUAGAGUAUAAAAACAAUUGGUGUGUGAAAGUACUUCAGUCAGAUUGAAUGCUCAGUCAGUUACCACUGCUCAAUGGACAGCCUCCAUUUGGGUCUUGUCUGCCAUUCAAAUGGUUCCCAACCCACAGUAUAGCUCAUUUGGACAAAUUUAAGACCCUACCUGUAUGUAAGAGGAAUUGUACUAUUCUUUCAAAAAGGACUUUGACAGACUUUGUUUUUCAACUUUUUAUGUAAAUUAGUUGGUUGUAAAUAUUCAGAUGCAUGUUUGAUUAUUUUGCCAAUCAUGAUCUCAAACAGAAACACAUAUAGUGUCCUGAAUCUGGCCUGUGUUAUACAUUCGCGAUUUGGGAUCAGAGUAAUGAAGCUGUUAUGCCUGAAUAUCCUUUUCCUUUCCCCCCAACCAGACACAACGCAAAACUCUGAAGCAUUCUAUUUGUAUUAUUUUAUUGUAUUUGCUUGCUGAGCAGAGUUCUUUUGUCUGUAAAUGUGAGCUUUAAGAGCGCUGUGAUAAGUUGAAUUAAAAAUAAUAAAAAAUUGUGUUUUUAUCUCAUGAUAACUGAUUGUAAUCUGUACAGUCAAACCUAUGUAUUGAAGAAUAACAUUUAUAAAUGGUUACCAACUGAAAAACAUCCUGCAUGCAUGUCAUUUAU